AUGGCUGGUUCUACCAAGUAUCUGUUGCUCGUCGCAAUUGCGAUCCUUGUCCUGCUCCCUGCAAGGGCAGACGCAUUUGGCGCCGGAAAUAUCGCGUCUAUCUCCAAGAUUGAAGGGAAGAACUGGCGACAUGGCGAUAUCGAAGACAUGCUCGCGACAGUCGCGUGCAUAAAAGGCCACAAAUGGAAGUCCAUGAUGAUCAAGCGUGUGUACUUUGGCAACUGGCUAAGAGACUAUUCACAAGCUGUUGACACUGCAACUCUGAGCAAGGUUCAAGGCGAGACUAUCCGCGUGCUUGUGUGGAUCCUUUCGUUCAUGUCCUUUGGCUACGCUACUGGAGAGUUCGAAGUGACUGCUGAACGUCUGGGAACAUACAGACCCGAGGAGCAUAUUGACAAUCCCAAGGACUAUGCCGACAACGAGGAUGCCCGGAAGUACGACCCACGACUUCGAGGCCCAGUUUCCGACGCUGAGCUUGCUGUUGAUCCCAACACGGGAAUGAAGAACUACAUUGCUAACGAGCAGGGUCCUUGGGCAACUUCGGCUGGCUACGUGAGAUACUCUUUGUCCAGAGCAAUCCAUUUUGGGCGGAUGUACACCCAUGGUCCCUCAGGCGAACGUGGUAGAGAAGAGGAUCUUUGCGAGGCCCUUCGAUGCCUGGGCCAGGCUCUGCACUGUCUCGAAGACUACGGUGCACAUACCAACUACACCGAACUUGUUCUAAUCGAGCUUGGUUACCACAAUGUCUUCGCCCACGUUGGUACCCAAGCUGGCAUCGACCUCCGUGGCAAGCAUGUCUUCCCGUUAGUCACUGGUACCUUUGGUGGAGUGGACUUCUUCCACUCAGUGCUCGGAGAGGCGACAGACCAUAUCAGCUCCGCCGAGAUUGAUGAGAUGGACACUACCCUGUCAGAUGCUCUGACAAGCAACACCAAGGGCAGUGGCUCUGGUCCCCUUGGCGGGCUUACAGAUGUUCUGUCCAAAGUGCCCGGUACCAGUGGUCUCAUCCAGGAAGCACAAGCUCUGCAAGCUUCGUCUGAUGCUCAAUCUUCGGCUAACUCUGGCCACGGCUACCGCUCUGGAGGUUACGACAGCUUUGGUUCGCGGGCGGGUGGGCAAGAUCAAUUCGGAGCGGCACCACCUACAUUUGACGCCCCACCUGGCUCUGUUGGAGGUCCACCAGGACCGAACAUCCCAGGAACAAACACUGAUCCAGCCACUGUCAUCCCGAAGAUCUAUCCUAUUCUGGUCUUCAGGGACAAGGUAGUACGCAGCAUCUCCCAGCUCGUCUCUAAGAUUCCUGGACUCGAGAAGCUGAUCGAGACCAUCACCGAGCGUGUUACUCUGUUCGUGCUCUCUCUUCUCGCACCAUUCGUUCUUCCUGUCAUCAAGACCGCAUCUGCGCAGCUGAAGACAGGAUCCUCGGCUGUGCUCGAGUCCUCAGCUAAACACCAGUUCGAUGUUUGGAACAACCCUACAUCCACAGACCCCACGCACUCCAUGCUCUCUAAGGACCACUUCUCCAAUAUCCUGAACGAGCCAGCCGGCCAAGUUGCAGUCCAGAUCCUCCAAUACGUGGUCCCCCGUGUUAUGUACGCGUUCGAUCACCCGGACAUCCCUGUCGACCAGGUUCUGAACGACUGCGUGAGCGUCUUCCACCAUCCUGCGCUGCGCGACUCGCGCUCCGAAGUACACAACAACAUGUUCAAGGUUGUCAAAGACUGGGCACACAACUACCACGGCAAAGACCUAAACGACUUGCUGAGCUCCGAGUCUGUGAAGGCAGGCAGGAACCACAAAGCCGGCGAUGACCACGGCGGCCACGGUGCAGCAGGGCUCCAGCAAUUCUCGGGUCACGGCGGCCACUCCCACGGCGCAGGAAGCAGCUAUAACUUCAACACCAGCCACCAGCAGUCUUCGUCAUCCUCUGGUGGAGGUCUGCUUAGUAGCCUGACCUCCUCGCUGCCCGGCGGCCUCGGUAACGCAUUCUCCAGCUUCGGCAAGCGCGACGGUCCAGAGGGCGACUUCUCAAACCCAGCUGCUGGCUCUGCAUAUCAGCCCAGCCCCUCCCCUCAGCCGCCGCAGUGGGGUGCUUUUCAGCCGUACCAAUCGAACUACGACGGCAGCCAGCCGUAUCAGGCGCCUGCUGAGCAUGCGAAUGCGCAGCCUGUGGGCGGAUAUGGUUGGGGCGAGGCGCAGUUCGCUAGUGGGCAGGUGCAUGAGCCGAGUUAUAGCGUGCCGACCGGAUAUCAGCAAGGUUACGAGAACCAUCAGAAUCCGGCGCAUCAGGGUGGGUAUCAGUAUGAUCAGGGUCAGAACCAGGGUCAGGGUGGUGGAAGGCAGUGGGGUGCUGGGGGUGGGAACUCGGCGUGGUGA